AGGGCUUCAGUUUUUCAGUACAUCAGCUCACUGAACUCUGUUUCUCCAAUCAAAAAGCCACAAAAGAGAGAUCCGGCAACCCGUUUCUUUCAAUUUCCCAGAUCCAAUCUCCCAAUUCUUUCCCGUUAAAUUCUACCCACCUCCAUAGCUUUCCCGGGGAAAAUUUUACAGUGUGGAAGAAGAUCCUCGAAUUCGUUCAUUCCCCCUCACCCAUGGCAAAUGCCUGGAGAAGAGGAGAAAGCAGGCACCCAAAGCUUCUCUCUCCAAAGCCGCUCCUCCUCCUUCUCCUCUCCCUUUCUCUCCUCCUACUCUUCCUCUUCCUCGCUUUCCGUUCCCCUUCAGACCCUAAUCUCACGCCAUCACUCUCCCUCUCCAAUCCUUUCCCAAAACCCUAUCCAAUCCCCACUUUCAACUGCUUCGAUUCGCCGCAAGCUCACCCUGUAGUCGCCAACUUGGUCGAAAAUGUCAAGUACCCUUUCCUCUACUCGCUCCCGGAUUUCGGAUCCUUGCCCGAUAAGCCCCACAAGAACCUCGUCCGGCUGCUGAAGGGGAAGCUGUUUCGGAAGCCUGAUAUCUCCGCCACGAUUCAGGGGAUUCUGGAAGGGAUGAAAAAAAAGGAGGGGAAAAGCGAUGGCGGGUUGGUUGUGGAUGUUGGGGCGAAUGUGGGGAUGGCGAGCUUUGCGGCUGCGGUUAUGGGGUUCAAGGUGCUGGCUUUUGAGCCUGUUCUCGAGAAUUUGCAGAGGCUCUGUGAUGGGAUUUGGUUUAAUCGAGUUGGGGAGUUGGUUACUGUUUUUGAAGCUGCUGCUUCGGAUCGUGUUGGGAAUAUCACUUUCUACAAGUUGGUAGGGCGACUCGACAACAGUGCUAUCUCUGCCACUGGUGCAAAACUGGCGUUCAAGUCGAAUGAGGAAGUAGCAGUUCAAGUAAGGACCAUCCCACUUGAUGAAGUGAUCCCUGAGUCACAGCCUGUGCUUCUGCUCAAAAUAGAUGUCCAGGGCUGGGAAUAUCAUGUCCUCAAAGGAGCCUCCAAAUUACUAUCGAGGAAAAAGGGUGAAGCCCCAUACAUCAUCUACGAAGAAGACGAGCGCCUGCUUCAAGCCAGCAAUAGCAGUGCCAAAGAGAUCCGAGAUUUCCUGCAGACCGUUGGCUACCAUGAUUGCACACAGCGUGGUACAGACGCCCACUGCACUAAGGGCUAGAGAUCAGCUUUUUUGGCUGGUUGAUGUAGAAAGUUGACAUUCCAUGAAUUAUUAUUUAUCAAGGAUCUCAUUUCUUGCAAAUGUUCAUUUGCUCGCGAGUUCUUGUACAUUUGAGUUUGAUUUAUUAGAAAGAACUGGAGAACUGAGGGAAAAGUAGGAUAGAAGUUUGUAUUCAGAAUUUUAUUCUAUUUCCAUGAUUGGUGUAGUUACAGAGUAACAAAUAUUCGAUGUACAACUAAUGAAUGAAUGAGAGAAAC